CGUUACUUAACGUCAAGGGGGCAGAAGCGAUGAAUAAAUUAAUAAAUAAAAAACCUCCCGCCGCUCCACCAGACACCUUGCACGGGCGGCCCAGACGAGAAGACGUCUCGCGAAAAGGUCAACGGGAAAAGAAAGAAAAUGCACCUGAAGCACCGGGCGAGGCUCGCGCGUCCUGAGCAGGUUCUCAUCCGACAUUAGCUCGGGAAGAAGAAGAGGGAGCAGAGGAACAACAAGAAGAAGGAGGAGGAGAAGAAGAGGGAGAAUGAAGAAACACCUGAGCCCUACGAAGCUGCAGCCGGUGGCGGCGGCGGCGGCGGCGGCCGGUGCCGGUACCGAGGUCACCGUAAAACAACUCAACGAGCUCCUGUCCGACGGCAGCGGCUUCUACAACCUCCCGACGCAGCACUUCAACGAGGUCUUCCCCCGGGUCUACGUCGGCAACGCGUUCGUAGCCCAGAAUGCAAUGCGCCUGCAGAAGCUCGGGGUGACGCACGUCCUCAACGUGGCAGAGGGCACCUCCUUCAUGCACGUCAACACCAGCGCGGCGUUCUACGCCGGCACGGGCAUCGCGUACCACGGCAUCCAGGCCAACGACACGGAGCACUUCCACCUCGGGGCCUUCUUCGAGGAGGGGGCCGAUUUCAUCGAGAAGGCCCUGGCGCACAACAAAGGGAAAGUGUACGUGCACUGCAGAGAAGGCUACAGCCGCUCGCCCACCAUGGUCGUUGCGUACCUCAUGCUGCGCCACAGGAUGGACGCCCGCCUGGCGGUGGCCACCGUGAGGCACAAGCGAGAGAUCGCGCCCAACGUCGGCUUCCUCCGCCAACUUUGCCAACUCAACGAGAAGCUGGCGAGGGAGGGCAAGCUGAACGGGGAGGUGGGCAAACUAAAGACCAAAUGAGGCGCGAGGGACCCACCCACCAUCCCUCCACCCGGGCGCUCAGCUGCUCUCGGGUAGACUGACCCCCCCCCCCCCCCC